AUGGGUAACCCACUCCCAAAUUUUAGAAUCUCUUCUAUAAAGCCGGCUGACUAUGAGAUUAACUUGGUGGAAGAUGUUAUUCUACGGGAUAUGAAGGUAUGGAAUGUUAAUGCCAUGAAACAAGUGAUUAGGUCAGAGGAAUGGGAAGCUAUCUCUCAUAUUCCAAUUGCAAAACAAAUGGGCACUGACAAACUGGUCUGGGAUCCCAGUCCUAAAGGAGUUUACAAUGUGAAGUCAGGAUCUGCAACACAGAAGUUGAGACUGCGGAACACCUACUCCUUUCCUGCGGUUGGACCUAUAAGCCAUCACCGUUACCUUAUACAGGAUCCGGGAACAAAACCAGCAACGCGGGUAUGGCCUUCAAUUAACGUUGGUACGGAAAUAUAUGUUAGCAGUGAGGGUGCGGGGGUGACUGCUGAAUGGGCUGUUUCUGAUUUUGAUGUAUUGGUACUAGAAGAUGCUACCUCUGAUGGUAGGGGAUUUUUGUAG